UAUAUUUAAGUGUGAUGUACAUGAAUGAAUUAGUUAAUUAACGUUUGUUAAUGAGAUAAUUUGGAGUGAAUCCAGUUGGUGGGUUGUGAGUGCAGUGGUUGUCUCCCCUGUGUUUACAUGGACGGCUUUCCUCGGUGAUCUUCGAAAAACUUUGGUCUUCCCUCUCACAGGGAACACCUUCCAAAGCGACCGAUUUCAAAUAUUAUGGACAACAUUUAUGGUGCUUUCAGUGUUACAGCAAAAUAUUUCGCGAAAAAAGAUAACUGCUGCUGAUUGAGAAAUACACAAACACGAGAAGGAACCCUCAUUUGUGUGAUGCAAUUCUCCUCUUUAUAACAUUUCUCUCAAAGACAUUUCCACCAAAUCUAAAUCCUACAACACCUUCUCUUACCACUCAGCUAUUCCCGUUGAUGAAUGCGAUAAUGAGAUCUUCAGUCUAAUCACUGUAAAUGAAGCCUCUCUUGUCUUACACUUGACCAUUUCUCAGCUGUGUCACCCAAACAAAUGCGAUGAUAGAAAUGAAGAACCUACCACACCCACCCCACUUGCAGACUGCCACAGUCUCCACACAGAAAUUACGUUUCUAAUAACACUUCUGCCCUUUUAGGACAUAUUUUGCUUUUGUGUUUUCCACUGUGGUUACCAUAGCAAUGGAGGACAAUCUGACAACCCAACAAGUGGUUGGGAAGUCGACAUCAGACAACAAUAUUUGCAGUGACAAGGGCUUUGCGUCUAUGGAAUCCUUAACAACAACACCAAUAUCGACUGUUGUGCACACGCAGCUGCAGCAUACAGAGAAUAACAUGCACAGUGCAUCGGUGAAACAGAAACGCUCUGAGCCGCAGACAUUACAGCAGGCAGUGGUUGAGCUUGUCGAGGUGGAAGAAAAGAAAGUUUUUGGCAAUGACUGUUUUGAUUUCAGCACCGGUUCUGAAAAUAAUGAUCAUCAUCACCAUCACCAUCAUCACCACCACAGCAACAACAGUAACAACAACAGCAACAACCAUCAUCAUCAUCACAUUCAUGGUCAUCACAACCAUCAGUAUGAACAUCACUCUCACAUGAAACCUCUUUACGGCCAGCCAUCGGUGAAGACUGGCAGACGGUCCCAAACAGGGGAGAGGCCUUUCCGAUGCGAGAUGUGUGGUUACGCCUUCUCACGCAACGACCAUCUAGUACGACACAUGAGCAGCCACCAUGGGGAGAAGCUCUUUAAAUGUGACAUUUGCGGCAAGGCACUGUCCCGGCGGGAUCAUCUGAAGGUCCACAAGAGAAUCCACUCUGGAGAACGCCCUUACAAGUGCACCAUCUGUGGAUUUGCCUUUUCUCGCCAUGACCACCUGGUCAAGCACAACCAGCCAAAUAAAGGUCGUCGGAAACUGAGUUGCGUACCUCAAGUUUCCCAGUUGAAAGUUGAACCCGAGACACAGUUAGAACUUGCGGUACCUGUGAGUACAGAGGUGCUACCCGUGAGUACAGAGGUGCUACCAGUACCUGUGAGCACAGAGGUCUUACAGCAACCUACAAUUUGUCAAGUUGAUCUCAACCAACCACAACAAAUAGCAACGACCAGUGUUGACAACAACAAUAUUAUCAGCCACAACAACACCAUUAAUGCUGAACUCGUUCAGCAAAAACAACAACAACAACAAGAACAGCAGCAGCAGCAGCAACAACAACUCUAUUCAGCCAUUGCUACAACAACUACCGGGGCCCAGACUGUACAAAUGUAUUCAAUGGCUCAGAUUUUUCCUACCACCAUACAGAUGUCACCGACUGCAGCACAAAUAUUCCCAACGACCAUACAAAUGAACGCUGCUACAGCACAGAUAUUCCCUACCCUGCAAAUGUACCCCAUCAGCACACCAGUAAAUAUUGCUACCACGCCUGUCUACACGACAAAGCAAUUGGCAGAAGUAAUGGUCACCCCUCAUGUUGAUACUGCUGGCCAGCAAUGAGCCAUGGAACUCCCACCACCAUUUUGUUCUUCUUGUCUUUAGCUGUCAGUUUGAAAAAACAAACGGAAAACAAACUAUUUCCAUCACACCUUUUAUUAGUGAACAAUUCGGCUAAAUUCCUUCCAACACUCUUAACUAUUUAAAUCUCUUCUUUAAAAAAGACAAACAUAUUUUCUGUUUUUUAUCAUUAUCAUACAUAUAGAUGUGUGUAACGUAUGUAUGUAAGUGUGUUUGUGUGUAAUCCAAACAUGUUUCACAAUCUCAUCACUUAUGAUUCUAGUCUCUAAAUAUAUACGAUUCUCUGCCACACAA